UUGAUACACAACAAGCCACAGCUCGUAGCAGCUCACGAAAGCAAACAAAAGUGUUCGUACAGGAUCAUUAGUAAACCGUCCAAAGCUUUCGAGUUUCGUUUUGUUCGAGGGAACACAGCAAGGUCGAGAAUCUCCUGACUCCUGUGUCAGUGAUCGUGACUGAUCAGAUUGGCGGAGCUCCGGAGACGGAGGAAGCGCUGACCGCAAAAUCGUGCGACAUUGUGUAAGUGUGACCAAGUGUCUGUACUGUAGACGUAAGUGUACUGUGUAGGAAGACCUCGCAGACCAACGACGUUUCUGACAGCAGCUAGCAGAUGGUUCUGUCUGCUAGUGCAGUAGAUCUACGCCUAGCCUGUACACCCAGUCGCUACAACAGGAGCCUGUACGGUCUGCAGGGUCUGUGCACUGCACUGGUGAGUGAGACCGGGACUGCUCACGCCGCGACUUCGCCCUCGAUAGCCGCGAAGAGCUUGCCUUCGACUUUUGAGUUUGAGUUUGAAAACUCUGUUAUUUUCCACUCUGGAGAAGUGAACUUCUUGGUUGCUUGUUGGCGAAGUUUUCACCACCAUCGCGUGGAGGGAGAUCAACCAUGUGUCCACGAUCGCCACCUCAAGACUUCGUCUGGGCAUACGACGAUGAGCCCCACGCCAGCCGCCGCAAGGAAAUCUUAGCGAAAUACCCGGAGAUCAAGAAGCUAUAUGGACCGGAUCCGAUGAUGAAGUACACCGUUGCAAUUGUCGUCGUUGUCCAGAUCGUAGCCUGCUUCCUACUGCGCUCCUCACCGUGGUGGUUGGUCAUGGCGGCGGCGUAUCUCUUUGGCGGAACUCUCAACCACGCCAUGGAGCUUGCAGUCCACGAGAUCUCGCACGCACUGGCGUUCGGUGCAGCCAAGCCGGUUGCAAACCGAGUGCUGGCGUUCAUCGCCAACUUGCCGAUUGGCCUACCCAUGGCCGUGUCGUUCCGCAAAUAUCAUCUCGAUCACCACCGCUACCAGGGUGAUGAGAAAAUCGACGUAGAUUUGCCUACGCGUACUGAGGGACUGUUGUUCUUCAACACCUAUACUAAGCUAAUCUGGCUCUUCUUCCAGUCGCUGGCCUACGCACUGCGUCCGUUCUUCGUCAACCCGAAGCCGGUCACGCGCCUGGAGAUUCUCAACACCACCGUGGAGAUCGCGUUCAUGGCGUUCAUCUGGUACUUCACCGGCGCGCGUGGCUGCGUGUACCUGAUCUGCGGCUCUCUGUUGGCGAUGGGCAUUCACCCGGUGGCCGGUCAUUUCAUUUCUGAGCACUACAUGUUCUCCAAAGUGCAGGAGACAUACUCCUACUAUGGCCCACUCAACAUGCUGGCGUUCAAUGUUGGCUUCCACAUGGAGCACCACGACUUCCCGUACAUUCCUGGCUCACGCCUGCCGCAGGUCACUGCCAUUGCACCCGAAUACUAUCUUGAACAGAACUACCACUGGAGCUGGCCCAGGGUGCUGUACAAUUUUGUCACCGACCCGGAUGUGGGCUGCUUCUCGCGGACCAAGCGUCCCACCCUGCUCAACAAACCCGGUGCAGAGGUCAAGACCCACUGAACACCUACACGUAUAUGCUACUACUAGACCAGGAGGCUGCGCUGGCUUUUAGAACGUCAGGCAAGUCUCCUGCUUGUGAUUGUAUCAUUGUUUUUACGUAUCGACAUACUUUGUCUUUUGUUUUGUUUUAGCCAGUGGAGUACACAUAUGGCCCACUUUACUUGUUUCUCUUGGGUUCAGAUUAUUUCAUGGACUUGCUUACAACGGACAGACAAAUUGUUCACGUUGAACGCCCCAGGCCCAGGCCCAGGCCCGUCUUUCACUAGUCACGACUAAUUUCUACUAAUUUCUACUCCGCAGCCCUGACAGUUCUUAGCACUAUUUAUCCUUAUUAUUUAUCCAAGCUUCCUCCUUCGGAUACAAUUUAUUUAAGUUUAAAAAAUGUCAGCAUCACAUUCAUAAUAUAAAUAAUCCUUUUGCUCAUGGCUCAUUCACUUCAAUAGGCAAGUUUAUUAUUUGAGGAAUUUCAAAAUUAUAUAAAUGGGAAAGAUUAGGCCUCGCAUUUAAUUAGAUUAAAUUCUGCCCUCAACUCA